CGCCUCCUUCUUCAACCACAUUCAUUGCCCACCAAAACUAGCAGAUCCCACCAACAGUACCCCAAGACUUAUAUUAGCUUUUGAAUUUGUGGAUGUUGAAGUGUUGGAAGAAGAGGAAACUCUGCCAUUCCUUUCUUCUGCCAUGAUUUCAAGCGUCCCUACAAGCUUUCCCAUGUAUGGAGUGGUGGUGGGGGAGGAUGAGAUGUGCUCUUCUACAGGAGAACACCCCCUGGAUGACAUGUCUCUCCUCUCUUCUCCUCCUCCCUCCCAUCCCCUCCCUCCUGCUCCUCCCCACCCCCAGCCUCACUCCUCCUUCCUCUACAACUUCUCCAUCCUCAAGGAUAAAAUCAACCAACUCCAAUCCUUCAUCAACCUCAUCCUCUCACAGAGCACCCAAAGCCUACAUCUUGGAGCAGCUUCUGUUGCAGUAUCAGGCAUGGCUGCCCUCAUUCAGGAAGUGAUCACGGUCGCCUCCUCCCUGAUGUUCUUGUGCCAACAGAUGGCCUUGAGUUCCACCACUCCAAAUGGCUUCCUCAAUCAGCAGCAGCAGCAGCAGCAGCAGAAGCACCAAGAUCGGCAUCAGAACGUUAGGGUUUCUGAUGAAAUUCAAGGUCGCUCUAUUCGUCCUGCUGAAAACGGGUAUGCCCACAAAAGCAAUCCUUUUGACAGUGCUAGUAAUAGUAAUAACAAUAAGAAUAACGGCAACGAUAGUAACAAUAAUCCAAACACUGCCAUAGAUCAUCGUAGUAGUGAUAAGGAGUUCAAGUUUGAAGACGAUGGUGGGAUUGUAGAUAGCAGUUACAGUAAAGAAGAGAAUGGCGAUUCAUCUUGUUAUGAUAUUGUGGAGAUGGAUGCUGCUGAGUUAUUAGCAGAAUAUACACACUACUGCCAUAUUUGUGGCAAGGGAUUCAAGAGAGAUGCAAAUUUAAGGAUGCAUAUGAGGGCACACGGUGAUGAGUACAAGACUAAUGCCGCUUUGUCUAAACCUUCAGUCAACGGCAGCCCUUCUUCCUCCGGUUUUAACAGGGACUAUGCCUCAUCGAUGAACGUGACGCCUCGGAAAUACUCAUGUCCUCAUGAAGGGUGCCGCUGGAACAAGAAGCACGCUAAAUUUACGCCGUUGAAGUCAAUGAUCUGCGUCAAGAAUCACUACAAGAGAAGCCAUUGCCCGAAGAUGUAUGUGUGCAAUAGAUGUAACCGGAAGAAGUUUUCCGUGCUUUCGGAUUUGAGGACUCAUGAGAAGCACUGUGGUGAUCUGAAAUGGCAGUGCUCCUGUGGAACUACUUUCUCCAGGAAAGAUAAGUUGCUGGGGCAUGUUGCACUGUUUGUUGGUCACACUCCUAUUAUGAACUGUGGUAGCAAGAUUGAAAGGAAUCAGCAGCAGGUCCUCAAGUUUCAACUGGAUGAGAGAUGAACGUUGCUUUAUGAUCAUCAUCAUUAUAACGUAGAAGCAAUCCCUUUGAGUUCAACUGCAUCCCUGUUCUCGCUAACUUGUAAUAAGACGCUAGCUUGAAUUACUUCCGUGUAACUCAACAAUCUAUACUAAUCUGAAGUUAAAGAGUAGAUUUCCUGAA